AUGUUUUUCUUAAAGGUUCUCUUUGUUUUCAUUUGUUCAGUGACAGUUUUGGAAGGAGCAACUCCAACAGAAGUCAAAUGCCCAAAGGAACCGUUAAUCAGGCAUGCGAAGAAUGAUUUAUGCUCCAAAGAGGAGCAGUAUAUAAAAAAUAAAGAACAGUUCAACAGAAAUAAAUAUAGAGAGUUUUUAGAGAGUUUAGAUGUCUUUAAUUUCGAUAACUCAACUUUGGAUAGCAUUGUGGUAAGUACACCGAGAUUAGGUGUUGCUAUUUCGGGUGGUGGCUAUAGGUCAAUGUUGACUAGUUUGGGAUUUCUGCUACAAAUGGAGAAAUGGGGUCUUUAUGACAUGGUCGAUUAUAUUUCUGGACUUUCUGGCGGAAGUUGGACCCUUAUGGGACUAAUAUUAAAUGAUUUUGACCCAAAAUUAACUCUCGAUAAAUGGAAUUUUGCUGAUGAUUUACUUAAAGGCGUUCCUGAAUUUGAUAUAACCAGUGCAGACAUUGUUUCAGGGAUGCAUUCUGCCCUCCAGAAAAGAAACUCUCAGAGAGAUAGUAACUUCUCUAGUUUUGAAGAAUUGAUGGAUUAUCUAGAAGUAGUACUAUCAUCUUUAGAAAGCACUCCAGAUAUGAUGGUCUUUCAAAAAAGAAGUGAAAGUCCCUUGCAGAAACUAAAGCAAUUAUUUUUCCCAAAUGAUACAUUUAGUAGUCCACAUAUUCUCGACACAUUUAAAAAUUUUAGGGAAAUCUUAGAAUUUUACAUCGAUUUACAUUUAGAUGUCAGACCUAAAAAAGUUCAAGGUUUCCCUGUUACUUUCACUGAUUAUUGGGGUAGAGCAUUGAUAAAUAGGGCAAGAAAAAGAGGUUUAUCUGAUGAAAACUCUACCUCAUUGUCAACUUUAAUAUCUUCAAACGAUAGAUUUCAAAAAUAUGAGGCGCCAAUCCCUAUUUUUGUUUCAAACUGUAAAAACGGCUUUUUGAAGAAUGUAAUAUUUGAGUUUACACCUUUUGAAUUUGGUUCCUGGGAGGCUAUUGGUAGGUUAUUCGUUAAAUUAGAGUUUCUAGGAUCACGCAUUGUAGCUGGGAAAGCUAAAAAAUGUUUCAGAAAUUUUGAUGAUAUUGGGUUUAUUACUGGCACAUCCUCCUCCAUUUUUAAUAACGCAAUUAUUUAUAUGUGGCAAAAAGUUUCGCAAUCAUCACAUGAAGCAUUGAGAGCAUUGAAAGUUUUGCUAAGCGUCUUUGGUUUGAAUGGCUCAAAAGUUUCCCGAACAAUUGAUGAAGCUGGCUUAAAUUUCAAAACAGAGACUGAUUAUGCCGUAUAUCAACACAAUCCAUUUUAUAAAUACCCUCAUAAGGAAAACAUCCUAACGUCAGAAGAUUACCUAUACUUGGUUGAUGGUGGGGAAGAUGGCGAAAAUAUCCCAUUAAGAUCAAUAUUAAUUUCUGAGAGGAAUCUAGACGUGAUUUUUAUGAUUGAUUCCAGUUCUGACAUUGAUAAUUACGCAAAUGGUACAAAACUUAAAAAUAUAUUUGAGCAAUUAAAAGAGAAAAACGUUGAAUAUCGUUUUCCUAGCCACUACAUUACUUUAGCGUCAUCUCCCAUUAUUAUAGGAUGUGAACCAGUCUAUCAUAAUAAUGGUGAAUUGUUACCUAUACUUAUAUAUUAUGCUAAUAUGCAGCAUACUUAUCCUUCGAAUAUGUCAACAUUUAAGGUGAGUUAUGAAGAAGAUGAGAUCGAGGGAAUAGUAAAUAAUGGCAGAAAUAUCUUUUCUAGAGAUAAUAGUAAUUAUUUUCGGAAUUGUUUGGGUUGUAUCUUAUUGAAAAGAAGCAACAUCACAAUUCCUUUGAAUAAAGCAUCCAAGUUCUGCUCUAGCUGUUAUAAGAAUUUGUGUUACAGUUAA